CGGAUGUGCGCCUGCGCAGUCCUCGUUUUCGAUACACGUGCAUCAUGGAGUCUACACGAGAAGAUGUGGUUCUCGAUCGAUCUCAGGUAAAGACAGCUGUGCUGGCGUUAAUUGCUCAUUUAAAGAGCACCUCUUCAUCUAAGAAAGUCAUAAUGAAUGAUGGUCAACCCAUCUCUCUUCUGAUUACUCUAUGGAAAAUCCCUAAAAAAGAGCAAACCAUUCGUAUUCGUUUACCCAAUGGGCUGAGAACAGAGUCGGCAGAAGUCUGUCUCUUCACCAAAGAUGAAGCUCAAAUGACGUCAGAACAGACAGAGAAAUUCUACAGAAAGCUGCUCGCAGAGAGAGGAGUAAAAAAUGUCACCGAGGUGAUUCCCUUCAAAACAUUGAAGACGGAGUAUAAGCCGUUUGAAGCCAAGAGAAGACUGCUGGGCAAUUUUGACUUGUUUCUUUCAGAUGCACGCAUUCGCCGCAGGUUACCAGGCCAAAUUGGGAAGCAUUUCUAUGAACAAAAGAAAGCUCCUCUGUCUGUAGAUUUGCUCAGCAAACACCUGGCCAAAGACAUGGAACUUCUGAUUCAGGGCACCACACUCACCGUUUCAAACAAAGGGUGUUGCUGCAUGGCACGUGUAGCACAUUCAGGCAUGACGGCAGAUGAGAUUGUGGAGAAUGUGCUUGCAGCAGUUUCAACCAUCUCCACAAAGUUAGAAAUGAAAGGAACAAAUAUCAAAAUCAUCCAUCUAAAAACUCAGAAGUCUGCUGCGCUUCCCAUCUACUCCUCUGAUCUGAGUCACAUCAUCUUGGUGGAGGAGAGCAGGGAAAAAGCCAGGUUAUUAAAGAAGGUACGGAAGACAGAAAAUGACAACAUGGAAGCACCUGAGGAUGGAAUAAAACGGAAGGGACAGGACAGUGAAGAAGAGGAGAUUCCACAGCUUGUACCAAUUGAGACGCCAACCAAAAGGCCAAAACGGAUGGAUUUGCCCAAGAAAGGACUGAAAAAAGCACCCAAGCCUGCUGCUGUUAAAGGACUAACAAAAACCAUGAAAGACAAGAAACUGUCCAAGAAAACACCAAAGGUCACAGCACGGGGUCUGACAAGCAAAGCUCGAAGCAAAUAAACACAGAAAUGCAACUGAUGGACAGCUUUUCAAUCCUGUUAGCUGUUAUAUAUCAUAUAUUGGACAAGUUCAUAUAUUAGUUUUGUCUGUUUAAAACAAAUGUACAGUACAUUCUUACAUUUAUAAGGCUUGUAUCUGCCGUUGUUCUCUGACAGAUUAAAAUAUUACAAAGUU